GCAUGUGCGGUUGCUGCGUUCGGGGCAACUCGGAAAGUACUAUUUCUCAUCUCGGCAUCAAAGGAAGGCUUCAUAAAACAUUCGUUUUAGCCUAUAUUUAAUGCGCUUGGUAGACAUGUAGAGUAAAAGGUGAGGUUUAAACUUCUAUAUAGUUGCUUUUCACUGUUUGUUGUUUCAAGGUGAACCCCGCAUGAUUUUUGUUUGUGAGGCACAGGGCUCACUACUAAAGGAACUGAUGUAGUAAGCCAGAGAUGGAGGAUACUACAUCAAAAUUAGUGGAAUUACAAAUAUUUCAUUUUUAUGUAUGAGCCUGUGAAUAAAACAAAACAUUCCCUGUGUAUAUUCGAGUUUUUUUCUCAUCUUUUUUGGAGAAGGAAGAAUGAUUUAACCGUAGGCACGUGAAGGCAUCAGAGGUAGUAGUUAUUUAGACAGUCUAAAAUGACGGACCCAGAGGAUCACUGGAAGGUAAGUUAUUUGUCGCUGACAUCAACUUUUCUGUUCAUAUGACUCGUCCAUAGUAUGACAGUCUUGACAAGUGACAAAACAGGCUUUAUUUAAAAGUUGUUUUUUCCUCCCUGACGUUUAGGAGAAGCAGGGCUUUGUUAGCCAACAGCUAACGUCAGAAGCUAAAGCAGUUAGCUCGUUAAGCAAACAAAACGCCCUGAAGUGCUCAUGUUGCACGUCUGGAAUUUCUGUGUGCCCAAAUAGAUGUGCAGUUAUCCCAAAUAAAGUUUCAAUUUGUGCAUCACCUACGUGGCACUUUCAUGAAUUAAAAAUGUGAAAGUAAAGUGCUUUCUUUUUGAAGGGGGUGCUAAAAUCACCAUUUGUGAACUUGCAAUGUUCACUUUGUAGACAGACACGAGAUAUAAGAAAUAUGACUUUAAUCCUCAAUCUCCAACAGUGGUCAGUGAAUUGUUUUUUCUGUGUCACUAACAAAUGACUUGCUCCAUUUUCCUAUUCAUAAGUAUUGAACUAAGCUCUCCCAGGGCGGUGUGUACCUAUUUGUUAUCUAUAUGUUGUGAAUCAGAUAACACACUAUCUAUAGAAAAGCAGCUGUUUCCUACGUAACAGGAGACCGUGUCAUGUAAAUGCUGCACGCAUCUGGUAUUUGAGUUUGUCUGUGAAACUGAUGCACCCUAACAUUGAAAAUCUGGGGAGUCCUGAGUUAAGCAGCUAAUGUAAACAAAUGUAUUAAAACAAAUGAAUUAAUGUGAUUAAUUCUGACAUGAUCCCAAACUUCAGUUUCAGUUCUUUUCCAACAUCUAACAAGUCAACUCUGAUACCAUCACUUCAAGAGCCCUUUGUGUUUGGGUGUCCUAGAUGAAAUUGGAUUUAUGAUUGAUGUACUUAUUUGCUUUUGCUUUUUAUCCUCCUGCAUACUGGAAUAUUCAGGGCACUGCUCAGUUGGGGUUUAGGCUGUCUAUAAGGCAGACUCGUUAUUGGUCUAUUGUGAGUGUAUUUUUGGCCGCACAAUUUCUGCCAUCAUUAUUUCCAGCUCAUAAGACUCUAUUUUCUCUUUUCUCCAUCCUCUGUGGUUGGGUGAUGGCUCGGCAGACGGAUGGUGCUUUCAGUGACGGCGGCUUUGACCAUAGUGAGUAUCCUUUCAGUUUUCAUUAUUAUUAUUAUUAUUUUAUUAUUUUGAAUUAAACAUUGUAAUUCACAUCUUACUCUGUAGGUUUCUUCGCUGAAACUGCCAGGAAAGGUUCAGUAGUGUCCAGGGCCAACAGCAUUGGCUCCACAAGUGCCUCUUCAGUACCGAACACAGGUAUUAUGUUUGAAAGAGACUUUUGACAUACUUGUGUUGUGCAUGCUUGCCUUGUCUUGUUGACUUUGAAUGAAUUUUGUUUGUACUUGAGGUCUAAAUCUGUUAUAAAUAGCAUUUCAAAGACUACCUGACUCCUGAAUCAGCUCGUCUAAUCCCACUGGAAUAAGAAAAAGGUGUAAACUCUGUGUUUUUGUAUGAAAGAGAACAGAUUACAAUUGCCAUGGUUUUGAAUCUUUGAGCAAAGUUCAUCUUCUAUUUUUUGAAUCUAAAAAGAUUGAUUCACUACAAAUCAACAUUACAGUAUUCAGGUGUCAGAGGCUUUUUCAUCUGACUCUUCAUAUAUUCUUAUAUAGAUGAUGAAGACAGUGACUACAGACAGGAGACGUCAUACAAAAACUCGUAUAAAGACAGACGGAGGCAGGCGCACACACAAGCUGAGCAGAAACGCAGGGAUGCUAUCAAGGUAAGCCAGCUGUAGAUCACAUUAAAAUGCACAUUAAAAGAAACGGAGGCUUUAUGAACGACUUUGUGUUUUCUGAAAACUUUAGAAAGGCUAUGAAGACCUCCAGUCCAUAGUGCCGACCUGCCAGCAGCAGUCUGAAUUUGCAGUGGGAGCGCAGAAGAUCAGCAAAGCUACUGUGCUGCAGAAAAGUGAGUGUGAUCUCAGUGGAAUAUCUUCAAAGCUCACAUAGUUUGACAUCUUGUUAGCGCCUCCAGGGUAAAGUGGUGAACUGCUAUUAUCAUUAUCUCGAAGAAAAUGGAAACUGAAGUCUAAGUAAGAAGAUUUCCGAUUGAUGCCUUUUUUUCUUUUUUUUUUCCAGCAAUCGACUACAUCCACUUUCUUCAUAAAGAAAAGAAGAAGCAAGAGGAGGAAGUGUCAUUGUUGAGGAAAGAAGUAAUGGCACUGAAGAUCAUGAAGACGUGAGCAAACUUAAUUUAAAACCCCUCCUUUUUCAACAUCCUUUUUCCUCUGCAUCUACACAUAAAAAACAAACAAACAUAAAACAUACCUUUUUAGUCUUGCUUUUGACUCAAUUUUAUAUUAUUAACUUUGUUUAAGCAUUUACCUCUUUCGAGUUUUAAUGACAGCUAUUUUGGUGCUCUUACUUUACUAUCUUUUACUGUUGUUUUAAUUUGAGUCUAUUUAUUAUUUCUAUUACUUUUAUAUUACUUUUCUAUUAUUUUUAUUACUUUGUUUUUAGACUUUAGCCUAAACCUCCAGUGUUUCCUUAUCUUGAAUUUUAAAAUGGCGUUUCCUCAGUGCACACAUUCCUGUUUCUAUGAAAUCAAGCAUUUUAAUACAUGUUUCUGUUGUGUUUAGGUCGUGGGGUGGGAAUGAGGGGUUGGGUUGGGGUAGAUUUGGUUAUUCUUCCUUUCUUUUAUUCCUUUUUUAGUGUAAAGCACUUUGUGCUACAUGGUUUGUAUGAAAAGUGCUAUAUAAAUAAAGACUGGUUGAUAUAAAAGGUCAAAAAUGGAACAAAGUAUGCCUGAAAAUAAAGCUUCAAAAGAUGAUUUUACAUUUUUUUGAGACGAAAUGACUCUCUUUAUGGAAGCAAACCAGAUGAUGAAUAUUAAAGUGUUCCCCAUUGAAUUGUUGUCUUUGUUUACAGGAACUAUGAGCACAUAGUGAAGGCCCACCAGAACAACCCACAGCAAGGAGAGGAUCAGGUGUCCGACCAAGUCAAGUUCAACAUCUUUCAGAGCAUCAUGGACUCCCUGUUUCAGUCGUUUAGUAAUUCUGUCUCAGUGAGCAGCUUCCAAGAACUCUCUGCCUGUGUUUUCAGCUGGAUUGAGGAGCACUGCAAGCCACAGGUGAGGAGCAUUUUUAGAGCUUUGUGUGCAGUCCAGGAACAGUGAAAAUGGCUUGUGAAUGCUGGAAUAAUCAUUAGUUGUGUUCUUUUACUUUUUCCUAGACGCUGAGAGAGUUUGUUGUUGGUGUGCUCCAGCAGCUCAAUGGUCAGCUGUAUUGAAAGAGUGAACCUCCAGGCUGAACUCCCAGAUAUUGACUUUGGGCUUUCUCUUGCCUCUCAGGGAGGAGUAAAAACUCCUAUCAGCUUCAGGCCACACCACAGUAUUUACUCACUUUCUCUCCUCAGUGACUCCCCCGGCUACGAUUGGAUUACCUCAACCCCAACAACAGGAGAGAUGAAACUUUAUAUUGGAUGGAGCAGUUUAUAAAGGAAUAUAGCUGUAUUUUUAAAGACAGGCUGUAUUUUUUAUUUCCUAUGACUUUUGGGGUCUUAGUGAUUUGGGUUUAAUGAUUAAAUUAUCAAAGGGACCUUUUGUCCACUCUCUUUAACGCCGAUUAUGAUUUAUACUGUAGUUUUUCUGCCGUAAAUCCUCUCAUGAGCUAGGCUCGCUUCAGUUUACUUUGUCAGUCAUUUGGACCCCAAAGUCAGAGACACUAGCGUCAGGGUUUAAGAUUACCAAAAUGUACCUGUAAGGAAUUAAUAAGAAGCUUUUUAUGAUUAUGAUGAAAACAUUACAAAGUCUUUUUACCUUGGUCAUCAGUGGCUUUUAUUAUCAGCAUUAGUUCAUUCCAAACUGUGCAUUAGAACGAAUUUUAAAGUGAUUUUUUUUUUUUUUUAUCCGCUGUGCCCUUCACCAGCAAUCAAACUAUGGCUCAUUCAUGGGCUCAUACUGCUGUACCUGUGUAUUUAAUGUGUACAUUUUGAAAAUAUAUAUUAGAGCGUUUUUGUUUUGUCUUUGAAAGUUUAGUCUCCAGUAUUUUAAUAUGCACAAUCACACACAUAUAAACGCUGUCAGAUAACAUGCAAGCAGCUUUACUGUUUUGACCACAGUGAAAUACAAAUGUUUCACCAUCUUGUUGCUUCCUUUGCUUUUUUGAUGGUUCUUUUCUGAUUUACAUGCAUUGUAAAUAUAUCAUUAUUUAUCUAUAUAAAGAAAUAUGGUAAGUGUUGCUACUGUGUGAUUAAUGUAAAGCAGACUGAUGCACAAGGACAUGACAAUCGUGGCGGGACGCCCAUACCUGCUAUCAUGUCAAAGUCACACAUGGAACAGUUAAUUCUGUGGCAAAAGAAAAUUCAAUGUUCUAUUCAGAAAGUUUAUCACAUUCAACUUUUAUUUAAGAUGAAGUUUUUGUUCAACAGAAAGGUUUAUAAAUAAAAAAGCGCCAUCUCUUAGACCGCUCUGAUGUGAAAUCAAUAUCCUCAGCUUAGCUCUUAACAGGCUUACAUUCAUGGAGUCAAAUCGAUGUUUCUUUAUUCUUUUAAGUGCUUGGAACAACCACCUUACAGUCCUCAUCAGUCUCUACUCCAACUUCAUCCUGUGAGGGCGACAUGAGGAGUGUUACUCAGGCUAAAACACACUGAUGGGGCAGGAGGUUAAGGUUUGGAGAAUGGAUUCUUAAGAGCUGCUUUCACUCACUAGGAACUCUUUCUUGCUCUUUGGAUAUCCCUCCAGGAUUUGGUUCAUCAUGUCGGAAGCCUGAGAGAAACAAAACACAAAGGGUGACAUUAAGUUGUGAUUUGUUUUGACUCAUAAUAGAGGUCUAUCUACUCAAGUCCUCUUGAAAUCUCUCUGAAUAGAAGGUUUCUGAACAUUACUGAUGAGAUUAUAAUGUUUGUUUUUCUGCUUUUUUUUUUUUUUCAAACAACUAUCUCAUAAAAAUACUGUCUAUAAGAUAGGGGAGGGAAUCACCAGUGGCCCCACGAUACAAUAUUAUGAUACUUGGGUCACGAUACGAUAUUAUUGUGAUUUUUAACACUUUGCAAUACAGUGAGUAUUGCGAUACAAUAAAUUGUGAUUUAAUCAA